AUGGCCACACAGCAGCAAAACGGGACGGCAAGCUCCCAGAUAAUCAACGCCAACAAUAGCAGCUUCUCGCUGUUUCCCAAUCCGCAGGUUACGCGACCGCCGCCGCCCGUCAUCCGGCUACACCCCAACCCCCGGCCGAAGCGCUCGGCGGAGCGGGAGCAGGCCCGACAGCAGCAGCAGCAGCAGCUCCAACAACAUCACCAGCAGAACUUAUAUACCCCGCCAGACCACUCGACUGAUGUAGGAACCCCCUCAUCAUCGCAAGACGUGACGACGCCCUCGCGACAAAAAAUCACCCACCAUACCCCUCUGCAGUUUGACCCCGUCCCGAGCAGCUCCGUUGUCGCCUCGCCGCAGCAGCAAGUGAGCACCAUGUCUGGUCGCUCCGAAAGCGCCACCUUUUCUCCCGCAGAGCCCGUGGCAAGGAACGGCAGUGUGCGGUCGCGCAGCUCCAUUGCCAAGCCGCCUCUGGACGGCGGCGGCGGCGCGACGUCUUCGUUGCCAUUGUCGUCGUCGUCGUCGUCGUCUCGUGCGGCGCCCGCGCCUCUCCGAUCCAUCUUUCCGACAUAUAACCCGGAUCUGCCCCUGGACCAACAAGCCUACGGACCUACUCAGAUGAGCCCGUCGCACAUUCCCCGGGCCGUAAUCAGUCGGCAAAGCUACUACGACCCCGACGCCGUGAGCACCACCGUCGGCGAGGAGUACACGACCGAGCCACUGCCCGAGCUGCCCGCGCAGCAGCAGCAACGCAGUCCGCCGCAACGGUAUCAGCAGCAGGACACGGCGGCCUUUACGGCUGCGUCUCGCGGGCCUGCCCGCACAAAUACGCUGCGCCCGCCGCCAGUGAUUCCCCAGACCAGCACCACCGACCAGCUCAAGACGUUUUGGAAGGCAGCCAAUGGCUGGAAAGCCGCACCCUCCGAGGGACGCGUCUUUUGCCUGAAGUUGUCUCAGCUCAAAGACGCCCCCGUAUACACGCUGUCGUCGGCCUCUCAGCCCUUUUACACGCUCCGUCUCGAUCCCACCUCGGCGUCUGCUCUGGUCUCGCUGUCCCGGCACGACCCUGGCAAGACGUACAAGCUCCCGCGGACAGAGUCGUCAACCUCGACCUCGACCUCGGCCUCGAGCCCGAGCAUGGACGCGGCGGCUGCCGGUGCCGGCGCCGGUGUCGGCGCCAGGUCCGAGUCCAAGCACUGGCAGCAGGUCCUGCGCACCACGCUGGAGGAGGAGUCGCGCAAGCACCCGCCCAACGACGGCCUCGUCGCGCUCCUCAUGCCCGACCCGGCCACCAAGAUGGCCGUCGAGCGCGCCGACGAGCCCAGCCUCGUGGCCAUGGCCGAGCGGGAAUGCGCGCGCCUCGUCUGGGACGAGGAUAGCGCCAGCAACUACCUCGUGCACCCCGCGCUCGCCGCGCCCUUUUGCGUCACCGUCGAUCGCUGCCCGGCCUGGUCGCGCGUCGAGUACACGCUCGAGCACCACGAGUCCCCGCGACACCUCGCCAAGCUGACGCGCGACGGCACCGGCGGCGGCUGGCUCGAGGUCGACACCUCCGUCGCCGCCCACAUUGAGGCCUACUACAUCAUCGACGUCGCCGUGACUGCGCUACUCCUCGUCGCCGCUGCCGACGAGCGCAGCGGCGGCUACGGCUGCGCCUCGUUCGCGGCUGGUGGUGGUGGUGUCGGCAUGGAGACGUUUGAGCCGCCGCCCGCGCUCGCGGAGCCGGCAGCAACGGCGGCGCGCGCGGGCGACGCUCGUCGGGGCAGCGGCCGCUUCAGCCGCCUGAGCAUCAUCCGUAGGGAAGACAACAACAACAAGAAGAAGAAGAAGAAGAAGCAAACGCCGAUGGAGCAGUUUGAGAUGGAUCUGGAGAGUCAGGACGGGAGCCUGACCAAGAGCAGCAGCACGCGCGUGCGGACGCGGAGCAAAAGAAAAAAGAGCAAGGAAAAGGAGGACAAGUUGCCGUUUCUCGUGCGCGCCGGCAUCAAAGUCGCCAAGGGCACCUUCAAGUGCAUCAUUUGGAUAUUGACGGCCGUCUUCAGGGUGCUGUUUCGGUGCGUGCGGUCAAAGUAUUAG